AUGAUAAAUAAUUCAUUAAUCAAAGUACAAGUGAAAGAAUACACUUCGCCAGCUAAACCUUAAAGGAGAUUAAUUUACCAAAGAAUUAAACCAUAUAUGGAUGCCUAUGGAAUAUCUCCUGAGUUCUUUGAAAUCAAAGGAAAAUCAGUUGUCUUCAAAAAUAAUAAUCCCAAUAAUAUAACCCAUUUAAAUAAAAGUGUUGUAUCAAUCAGACCCAGUAAAAGGAAACAAAACCAAACAAUAGCAGUAAAAAGACCACAAACAGCCUCAAUACAAUUAUCUAAUAAUGUUAUCUUGCCUAUUUCCAAUAAGUAUGCUAAUCUAUUCAAUGAAAUAAAGACAACUCCUUAAAAACCAUAAGUAUAAUAACCUUAAAAGGUUGAAUAGUCUCUCAUUUUGGAAGAAGCAGAUGAAGCAUCAGAUUCAAGUUAUAUUAAGAAACAUGAGAUGAUGUUGAAAGAUAUAGCGGAACUAGAAAAGGUUAAAUAAGAAAAGAUUUUAGAGUUAGAAAUGUUACAAAACAAAAUAGAUGAAGCUAAAAAUGCAGAGAUCAAUUCGUCUCGUUUCAUCAUAAAAAAGAAUGUCCAUAAACCUACUCUAAGGGAGAAGAAGGAUAAAGCUGCUUCCUUGAUUUAGGCUCAUAUUAAAGGUAGGAUUGAUUAAAAAAGAUUCAUAGAAUGGAAAAAAAAGAAAGAAGAUAAAUUAAGGAAAGUUAUAUUUAUAUAAAAAAUGGUGGAAAAAUUUAAAUGA